UACUCUCACUGUGUGCUACGUUCAGUUUGCUAAUGAGAAGCAAUCCGAUGCCAAUGGAAGGGAUAACGCAACAAACGGAUCUUCUUCAACCAGAAUUACUCCCCAAGGAAACUUUAGUGAGCAUAUUAGAGCAGAGGCACAUCAAGCUAGAUGGGGAGCAGAGAGAAGACAAAGAUGUCCUUGUCCAAAUUUUCUUGCGUACGGUCACCCCACAACCGCAGAGACAACCAAGGUCAAAUAGAAGAGGUCAGAUCACAGCCAAGGUCAUCAAGAAGCUCAAUGUGAGAAGAAUUCGCUCCAAAUCAGAGUCAGAGAAAAGCUCUUCAAUGGAUAGCUCAAAACAGCAGAAGAGAUCACAAGCAGGAGGGCUACUCAUGUCCAUCGACCUACCUUUAACUGCAGGCAGUACAAGCCGUCUAAAACCUCCACCAAUUGCUAUCAAUAAGACUAAAUCUAUCGUCAAACUCACCCCUGGGAAGACUUCUGAUAAAACAUCACCAUCCUCCGGUAGUCCUACGUCAGGAGUCAGAAAGUUAGUCAUCAGUCCUCCAUCUUCUUCCACCACUCCCAAAUCAACCAAACUCAAAGUUUUUAAUUCCUCUGCUGCUGCAAAAUCGAAUGAGACUCUUCCAAAAUCAGGAGAUACAGGAACUCAUGGACAUGUUUCUCUUAAAAGACCUUCAGUCGUUGAGAAUGGAGAGAAACCAAUGGAGACUUCUGAAGUAACCCCUCCUAAGCCGAAGAUCAAGAAGAUUUCAUGGCCUUAGUCAUAGUCUACCUUUUUUAAUCUAAUUUAUUGAUCAAUGCCUCUUUAAGUUAACUACUGUAUAUGAAAUGUGUUGAAACAGUAAAAGCUAAUUAUAUGUAUUUUUACAAUAGAGUCAUAUCAUAAUGAGAAUUUUUUUCCAAAUGAUAUGGACUGUAGAUAUAAAGUUUUAACCCUAAAUAGACUGGGCUAUUUCGAUGCCUAAGAAAACUGGGGGGGGGGCUGAUUCAGCCCCCCUUAUGAUCUCGGCCGUCGAUCGCGACGAAACUUGGCACCUGCGUUCCCCAUGGCAUGAUCUACAAACUACUAGAUCGAAUUCUGCGAAAAAUCUCAUGGCUAAUAAAUGCUAAUUUAUGUGUAAAAU